UUUGAUACUGGAAGAUAGAAACAUAGGACCAAGCGAACAAACUGACAGAAGAGACACUUGAUAAGAAGCAGAAAAUUGAAAGGGAAAGAACAAGACAUUGAGGAAUAGACUGCAAAGAAGAAGAGCAAUGUUGGGUGUGGAAAUGUACCAGAGCUUGGCUCUGGGACCUCAGAGGCUAACAGACUGUUGCUAUAGAGAACGGGAAACCCCAGUCCACCGGCCACUGUUUCCUACCACAUGCGACUUGGCCGCCAGAGUGCCCCCCCGGCUAGUGGCCCCGCCCCUUUCCAGUGAGGACACAGGAAAAGCACAAGGCAAUGUUACAAUGGAGCUGGAAAAUGCAUCACUAUGGAAACAAUUCAGCAGUGUGGGGACAGAAAUGAUCAUUACAAAGACUGGCCGGCGAAUGUUUCCCCAGCUCAGAGUGAAACUGUCUGGAUUGAAUCCCUCUUUGCGCUACAUUCUCUUGCUGGAAGUGGUCCCGGCCGACGCGUCACGCUACCGUUUCCAGGGCAAUAGCUGGCAGGCCGUGGGUGGAGCGGAGGCCAGGCUUCCUGACCGUGUGUUCAUACACCCAGACUCGCCUGCCACAGGGGCACAUUGGCAGGGCCGGGUCAUCUCCUUCCAUCAUGCUAAACUGACCAACAACACACUGGACACACGUGGACAUAUCAUCCUCCACUCUCUCCAUCGCUACCAGCCUCGUCUACACGUGAUUGAAGCGAGGGAUGUGCUGAUGUGGGGAGGAGGACGAUACUCUUUUGUCUUUCCUGAGACGCAGUUCCUCACUGUCACAGCCUAUCAGAACAGUAAGAUCACUGAGCUGAAGAUCCAAUCCAAUCCUUUUGCCAAAGGAUUCAGAGAGAAUGGCAUGAACAGCAAGAGGCAAAGGGACGCUAGAAUUAAGCGUAAAUUGAACAGUCAAUCAACACAGCAGACUGAGUUACUGGAUAUUGUGUCCUGUGAUCCAUGUGAUUCAACUGAACUGAUUUCCCAGUCCACCGCAGACCUCCAGGACCUUUCUCUACCUACCCUCCCGAUCUCCAGUGCUGUUUGUAGCUACAGCCCAGAUACCCCCACCUUCCAGCAGGCUCCUGUCUCAGAAGAGUCCCUGGGUCUUGGCCAGGCCUUCAUAUCACCACAGAUCUCAGAGAUUACAACACCCACCGAAGAUACAUCAACAAUUUCAGACAAUGAUAAUAAUGAGCAACUAAUUGUUGACUCAACCCAAAUGAUUCUACCGACAUAUUCCUCAGAAUUUUCUGAUCCCCCUCUCAAUUCAUCUUCUUUUUCUUCUCCUCCUCCCCAGCCUACAUCUUCCUAUCCAUCUGUUUCUACUACAGCAUCUCUCUAUGCACCUCUUCCUUCAUCAUCUUCCCCCUCUGAACCACUCCCUACCUCUUCCUCUGUGUACGAAUCCCUGCCUCCCUCUUCCUAUCCCUCACUUCUUCAACCUUCCCCUCCUCUCCCUUCUACAGCUUCUCCCUCACAUCCACCUACUGAUUCCAUGCUAGCGUACCACCCAUUGCCUUCUGUCCAGCUACCCCCACCUACUACCUACCCACCUCUCCCUACAUCUAACUGUCCACAAGAUCUCCUUAGUCCCCAUACCCCAUCAAAUUCAUCCUAUCCAUCUCAACCUCCCUCUUCAUAUCAAUCUCUCCAUCAUUCUGCAUCAAACAAUACCUCACCCUCUCUCAUUAAUCCAAAUCCCCUACCUUCUACAUCCACCUAUGCCCCUUCCUCUCUCCCUAAUCCAAAUCACCCACCUUCUACAUCCACCUAUGCCCCUUCCUCUCUCCCUAAUCCAAAUCCCCCACCUUCUACAUCCACCUAUGCCCCUUCCUCUCUCCCUAAUCCAAAUCCCCCACCUUCUACAUCCACCUAUGCCCCUUCUUCUCUCCCUAAUCCAAAUCCCUCACCUUCUACAUCCACCUAUGCCCCUUCCUCUCUCCCUAAUCAUAAUCUACCAAUUUCUACAUCCACAUAUAUCCCACCUUCUCUCCAUAAUCCAAAUCCUCCAAUAUCUACAUCCACCCAUUCUCCUCCCACCCUCCCUAAUCCAAAUCCCCCACCUCCUAUGUCCACCCAUAUUCCACCCUUUAUCCAUAAUCCAAAUCCUCCAAUUUCUACAUCCAGCCAUAUCCCACCCACUUUACAUAAUCCAAAUUUCCUACCUUCUACAUCCACCUAUACUCCUCCUCCUCCUUUUCCUAACCCAACACUCAUACCAUGUACUUCUAGCCAUGCUUCUCAAUCUGUUCUCACUCAAACUCUGCCAUCCUCCACCUUUCCUUCCUUAGCCUCUACCACCUCAGUGCAUGUCCCUCCUUCAAUCCAAAAUUCCUCAUUUUCCUCCUCUUGCUAUUCAAUACCCUCAUCUACACCUUCCUUUACAUCGCUCCCACCCUCUAAUUCUUCCCACACCACAUCCUCUCUUUCUAAUCACCCUCUACCCCCAACCGGCUAUUCUCAUUUCCCCUCAUCCACACCAGGUUCCUACCCUCCUGUCCCUCCCACUGAAAUUGGGUCAUUUUCACAGUUCAACACCACCUCCCCCUAUCUUUCAGAGAUGGUACUCCAUCCUCCUCUCAUGCAAACCCUGGAGCCCUCUCUCCCCUCAUGUCUCCCUCCCUCUUCUCCUGCUCAAGCUGCUCUUUACUCCUCCUUCCCCACCUACCCCCUCAGACUGUGCCAGGAUCCCCGGUCCUCCUUCGCCAUUCCAUUCAGGCACAUCUACGGGCAGCAUCGGCAUGGACACGUUCACGGCCAGGGGCCCUACCUGGAGAUGGGGGCGAGGAGUGUCUUUUAAAGUAGAACGGAGAGAAUUGCAUGUGAUUAGUACGUGUGAUCACCUAGGCGCACAUGGUUGAUACCACUCAAAAGGUCAUUAAUGCCUCUUACAAAGUAAUAUUUGCUCCAGGAUGACAAAGUACUGUAUUCUGAAUGCAAACUGUUGUGAUGAUACACUGUAUGAAAUAUUUCUAUUGUAAUUCAAAGGUUUAGUGAAAGCAGGAGUACAGUAGUUUACCUAAAAUAAACUAUAUAAACCUAUAGGUUCUAAGGAAGAACAAUUUAGUUUGCUGACUGAAUGUUUAUUUGACUAUGCUCUUGUUGAUGUAGAAGACAAGCAGUUGUUGAAAUGUAAAUGUGAAUGUGUCCGUUAAUUACUUUUUAUCAUUUUAUCAUUUUUUUUGUUUUGUUUAUAAAGUAAUAAAUAAAGUGUGUUUUAUAUGA